AUGAAUCGUUUUGUGAACGAUAAUACUUUACAAAGACAUUUCCAGUUGUCACACAUAGUACGAGGACGACUGGUUUGGCGUUCUGGAGAUAGCUUGACAAAACUGAUAAUAAGUUUAAAUUUAAAAAAUAUAGGGAAUAUUUUAGAAGGAGCAGAAGAAACCAUGGAGGAAGACGGAAAGCGGGACCUUUAUUUCUUCCAAAUUGGUUUGAUAGAUGAAUCAUUGAAUGGUUAUAUUGACAGUGAAAUUAUGGAACAUACGGAAGCGAAGCAUGAUGCGCAACAGAUGCAGCAAGCUGCAAAUAGGCGCCCAGUAAUUAAGAGGAAUAAAUACUCGUUAAUGUACUCAAACAAGAAGAUGAGACGAAAUCGACGCAGACGCAGACGGUCACUCGCACAGGAUCCCAUCUGGGAAGAAGAAGAAGAUAAUGAAUAUGAAACGUGUCAUAAUACAACUAGCAAUGAUCUCAGCAGCGUUCCACGUGACCAGCCUGACUUGGAGAAUCUAAUGUACAAAGUGUUCUACCACAAGUUCGAGUUGCUCACAAUAAGUGACUACGACGAAGAAGAAGAUGACAGUGAGCUACGAUGCAGCGCUGCGUCAGGUGUACAUUACUCGGUGGUUUAG